GAGCAUUAUUACUUGCUUCACGGCUAUAUAUUCUUCAAUCAUGCAGCUAGCAGCGGGAGAGCAAAAAUAACCAGCCUGCGAUAGCUAGGUAGACGACGGAGGCGAUCCAAAUAAUCCAUGGCGGCCGGAGGCGUUUGGGUGUUCCGGGAGGACGGGGUGAUGGAGCUGAAGAGUGCCGGGGUGCAGCCGUCGGCGGCGGCGGCGCCGAGCAAGAAGGCGCUGGUGUACGUGCCGGCGAACGAGACGAUGCGGUCGCUGGAGGCGCUGGAGCAGCGGCUGGGGUCGCUGGGCUGGGAGCGCUACUACGAGAACCGAGACAUCGUGCAGCUCCACUGGCACGACGGCGGCGUCGACCUCAUCGCCCUCCCGCGAGACUUUGCGAGGUUCCGAUCCACACAUAUAUUUGAAAUAGUGAAGAAAAUUAAACCUGAAUUCAAAGUGAGGUCACUUUGA